CCGUUUGCCAGUUUCAUGUAAACACGUCCAUUGCAUCCCUGCAGGUCUCAAUCAUACCCACCAUGAGUGCAGAUAAUCUUGCAAGAGUUCUGGGUAAUCCUGGUAAAUUUCAGAUGAUCUUGUACAUAAUGUUAUGUUGCAACACAUUCUUUGUUUGUUGGAAUCAUUUGGCCAUGGCAUUUAUGGGUGCAAAAACUAAACACCAUUGUGCAGUGGGGAAUAUCACACAAAUUUAUGAAGUUGUCCCCCUUGUACAAAAAGGUGGUAAGACAUUGUGGGAUGGAUGUAAUCUUUAUGUAAAUGUCAGCACUAAGGAAGAGAAAUCAUGUUCCAAUGGAUGGACGUAUUAUUUAGAGGGAAGAGAACGUACUAUUAUAUCUGAGUGGGAUCUGGUUUGUGAUGAUGCAUAUAAAUCUAGCCUUGCUACAACAAUCUACUUCUGUGGUGUAUUAGUUGGUGGUCUGCUGUUUGGAGCAUUAUCUGAUAAAUUUGGUCGACGACCUGUCUUACUAUUCUGUGUAUAUUCUCCAAUCAUUCUUGGUAUAAUGAUAUCCUUCAUCAGAGAUUAUAUUGCAUUCGUGAUACUGCGUUUUUUCUUGGGUGUUGUUUUACAGGGUCUGCAAGCAGCAUUUUAUAUUAUGAUAAUUGAGUUAUUUGCUUUGAAAUAUCGAAGUAGAGUUGGUACCAUACAAGUCAUUUUCUGGGCAGUUGGUGUGAUGUCUCUAGCUUUGAUUGCUUUUCUUAUUCAAGACUGGAGAUAUAUACAAUUGUUUAUAACUCUGACAACAAUUCUUCAGAUUUCUCUAAUAUGGGUCCUACCAGAGUCUUUUCGAUGGUUGAUAACACAGAAGAAAUUUGAGAAGGCAAAGCAAGUGGUCACAAGAAUUGUUAGCUUCAAUAAAUUGGAGUUUCCUCACCAAGUAUUUAAUGAUGUUGUUGAAAAAAGUACAACAGAAGAAAAAAAAUUUAUUGUUAAAAAAUACACCAUCAUUGAUAUGUUCCGAUAUCGUGUGCUGAGAAAACGUUCAAUCAUUCUGGCUUGGAUAUGGUUUUCCAUCUCUGUUGGUUAUUAUGGUAUAUCACUCAAUAUCUCAAGUUUAGCUGGAAACAAAUACCUCAAUUUCUUCAUCAGCGGGACCGUGGAACUAAUACCAUAUUUUUUAACAGUUUUUAUAACUGAAAGGUUUGGUCGUCGUAAACCUCUCUGUACGUAUCUCAUGAUAGGAGCAAUCAUGAAUAUUACUGCUGGAGUUCUUUCUGAGAAAGCUGCAGACAAUGAUGCACUUCAAGAUUUAACGACAGCUCUCGCGAUUAUUGGUAAAGUCGGAUUUGCUGGAUCGUUCAGUGUCUUGUUCAUUUACACCUCUGAAUUGUUUCCAACUGAGAUAAGAAAUGUAGGCUUAGGAGCUUGUACGUCGUGGACCAGGUUUGGUGCUGUGAUUGCUCCUCAGAUUCUGCUGUUGGGAGAGAAAAGCAGAAAGUCUGUUCCGUUCAUUAUUUUCGGAAGUUUUGGCUUCAUUGCUAGUUUGAGUUCCUUGUUGUUGUUUGAAACUUUGAACAAGGAACUGUCGGAUACGAUUCGCGAGGAAGAGAAAGAUUAUUCCACUGAAGAAAUGAAUUUUCCCGUUGAAGAGACCACGUCUCUUCCAAUAGAUAAAUAAAAGAUUUCUAUUUUAGUUCUUAGUUUGAAUUACGAUGUUGACAAUGGCCUUGUUAGUAACUGCAGAUAGUACCAUACAAUAUGGCUGCUACCAUGCAACAGCGCUGGUAAGUCACCAUU